GCCAUGGCCCACUGGUGUUGGGCACUCCUGACUGGGGCCGCAUUGGCAGUCUCCCAGCCAACCCUAUCCCAACCAGAUGCACUGCUCGUCUUCCCAGGCCAAAGGGCCCAGCUCUCCUGCACACUCAGUCCCCCCCAUGUCACCAUUGGAGACUACGGAGUGUCUUGGUACCAGCAGCGUGCUGGCAGUGCUCCACGACUCCUCGUCUACUACCGCUCCAAGGAGGACCACCACCGGGCCGCCGGCAUCCCUGAACGCUUCUCAGCGGCCAUGGAUGAAGCCCACAACGCCUGCAUCCUGACCAUCAGCCCUGUGCAGCCGGAGGAUGAUGCAGACUAUUACUGCUCUGUGGGCUCUGUGUUCUAG